GGGGUGGCCCCCGACCCCCACCCCGUGAGCUCUCAACAGCUCUGGCCUCCUCCCUGCAGAUCCUCAGCCACGACACUCGGCGCUUCCGCUUCGCGCUGCCCUCCCCCCAGCACAUCCUGGGCCUCCCCAUCGGCCAGCACAUCUAUCUCUCUACUCGCAUUGACGGGAACCUGGUCAUCCGGCCCUACACCCCGGUCUCCAGUGAUGAUGACAAGGGCUUCGUGGACCUGGUGGUCAAGGUUUAUUUCAAGGACACGCACCCCAAGUUCCCGGCCGGAGGGAAGAUGUCACAGUACCUAGAGAACAUGAAGCUGGGUGACACCAUUGAGUUCCGGGGCCCCAACGGGCUGCUGGUCUACCAGGGCAAAGGGAAGUUUGCCAUUCGUCCAGACAAGAAGUCCAACCCCGUCAUCACGACGGUGAAGUCUGUGGGCAUGAUCGCAGGGGGCACAGGCAUCACGCCAAUGCUGCAGGUGAUCCGUGCCAUCAUGAAGGACCCGGAUGACCACACCGUGUGCCACCUGCUCUUUGCCAACCAGACUGAGAAGGACAUCCUGCUGCGGCCGGAGCUGGAGGAACUGAGGAACGAGCACUCAGCUCGCUUCAAGCUCUGGUACACGGUUGACAAAGCCCCCGAAGGUGAGUGGGGGAAGCAGCAGGCUGGUGGGCAUGGGGGGAUCCCAGAGGGCGGCAGGGCCGGCCUGGGGCCCCGCCCCUCGGAG